AAUCCAUGUUCCAGCAACCUUUGUGCCCACGGUGCAACAUGUCUCAAUGGAUUCACAGACAAGAAAUACAUUUGCCUGUGUCCACCUAAAGCCAUAGGUGAAAACUGUGAGAAUUCAUUCUCUGCGAUCUUCUCAAAUCUCGGUGCCACCGGAAGAUAUGGCCCAACAACGCUGGGCAGUCACUACACAGGUCAGGAUCAUGACAGACAAGUUACAUUGUCCAGCGGUAUUCAACAGUGGACUGUGCCUCACACUGGUGACUACAGAAUAGAAGCAAUAGGAGCAGCAGGAGGGUACGAUUCACACCCUAAUAGCGCUCAGUAUCGAGGAAGAGGAGCGAGAAUGAUCGGAACGUUCAGUCUGAUUAAAGAUGAGAUCAUUCGUAUCCUUGUGGGACAGGAAGGGGGCUCUAAAGAUAAUGACUGGAGUUCUGGCGGUGGUGGAGGUACAUUCGUUGUCAGACAAAACAACACGCCUUUGAUAAUAGCUGGAGGUGGAGGAGGUCUGCAUUACUUGACAAAACGGCAUGCAGGGUGUGACGCAAGUACAAACACAACUGGGAAUCCUGGGUACAGAUCAGCAGGGUCAGGCGGAAUCGGUGGCCUUGGCGGGCAGAGUGGCAAUGCCAGCUACGCAGGCGGCAGCGGUGGAGGCUUUUUUUCCAACGGAACGGAUGAGAACGCAGAUGGUGGCAGAGGAUUUCUUCAGGGAGGAGUGGGGGGCAAAGGCAAUGCGUUAAAAGCCGACGGUGGAUUUGGGGGAGGAGGAGGAGCUUACGGAGGAGGGGGUGGUGGUGGGUAUUCUGGCGGAGGUGGCGGAGAGAUCAACAAAGAUUCAUGUGGAGGAGGGGGUGGCUCUUUCAACUCAGGAAAGGAUCAGAAAAAUGAGUGUUGUUACCAAUCUGAUGGACCUGCUGCCCUUAUGAAUUCUUCUGUGUCUUGUCGAUCCGAACGUUCCAUUUAUGGGAUGAUGCUCCACGGACACGCAUUCAAGAAAACCAGGGCAGAAAGCUUGACAGAGUGUGUGAUGGCGUGCAAUAAUGGUGCCAUGUGCCAAAGUGUAAAUUACAUCAUUAAUGAAGACGUUUGUGAAUUGAAUAAUCGCACGAAGGAGGCCAGACCAGAUGACCUCGUUCCCCACGAAAAUAGCAUAUAUGUGACACGAUUUAGUGAAAGAGACAUUAGUAGGGAUCCCCUUCAGCCGCACAUGUCUCAAAAGGCUGUCAACCGCUGGUUCCUAGCUGUGACUCUCCCACGCAACCCAUCUCUUGUCAAGUACCGCCGCCAAGGCCGCCAUUACACGGCGUCUGUUGUGAUUCUUGGAAGCGUCAACUUUGACGUUCCAGUGUAA